AUGCCCUGGAUGAGGAACACUGUUGUCAGCUGCACUUUCUUACUAUGGCUUGCUUGGGCACUGACAAGCAAUCCAUGGCACUGGAACAUUGGCUUACCACAUGUAGCGGCCCUGACAGCUGGGAAACAACACUGUGAUCGUGAAGUUUCAGACGGCUGUUGGAAGAAUUCGCUUCCAUUAGUAAUAACCUUAUCAGCUCCUGCCACAGCACUGCAUGAUGAUAGAUUGAGAUCGCAGACCACCGCCAUCUCUGCUGAAGAGCUUGCUUUCAUCGUGCCUGUUGUGCACUUUCUUUUGGACUAUUACUUCCUGGAUGGUUACAUCAAGCACUUUGAUGGGCAUCCCGGGGACGGUUCACUGUAUGUUGGCUGGGUUAAUUCUAAGACUGGCGAGUCUAUCGACAUUGCGAGGAGAUUUCAAGUCAUGCUGGUGUAUGGUUUAUUGAUCUUAUCUGGGCCUGUACACAUUUGUUCCUGCUGGUACCAUUUGUUCUUACCCGCACUCAAUGCUUUAGUGAACACUGGAGAUGCUGUUCUGGUGGAUUAUCCAGUGUAUGCAUGA